AUGAAUUAUACACGAUCGGAUGCAGUGCACUGCCCAGUUAGCCGUGCAAAAGCAAAGAAAUUACCGCCUAGAUUAUCGAAGUUCAAUAUGCAGUCAGUGGUGCCUUCUUCGCUAUCCAUUUUGAAUAUAGAAAAAACACAAGAGCCAAUUAUUAAACUAUUAUACGGAAUUGCCACGCCUGUACUCAGAGAUAAAACAGACAAUAAAGAAGCAAGACAAGAAGCCAUUGAAAUCAUUUGCAGAAAAUCAGUGCCGCAAAUCAACCGAACAGUGUCAUUCGUUCUUGAGAACGUUUCAGAGCCUAAAGCUCAAAAACGAACAAGUGAAUGCCUUCAGAAUGAGCUGGAUUUAAUAGAAGAAUUACAUAAGAGAUAUAUCCCUACAUCCUUAUCAUCUACCGGAAUUUCGACAAGCAAUCAUUGGCAAUUUAUUAACAACUACAGAAAAGAACAUAGAGCUAAAAUGAACUGGACUGCUUGCUAUGAAGCUGAGAAAGACAUUGAUCUAUUCGGCAAAUACACAUCAUUGAAAAGUGGCAAAGGAACAACACACUUCCGAACUUCGCUUUCUACACCUAGAUGCCCAUCUACUGCAACUGGAUACAAAAUUAUAUGCACCACAAGAAUGCUGAUAAUACCGUCAUCUUCGAAUUCCACCUCAUUAACAUCGACUCCAUCUCCUGAUCUUGGUUGA